GCCAACAUCCGGGAUUGUGAAUAAAGUUGACGCAUGCGCUGUGCGCUCACAGUGGUUCGACCUCUGCUGCCGAGACAGACCCGGGUUUCAGUCAAGUCGGAACGAACCGGUUAAUUAAUCCCGUUAAAAUGUACGCUUGUGCGAAGUUCGUCUCUACGCCUGCAUUGGUGCGUGCUGGCUCCCGGGCUCUGUACAGACCCCUCUCCGCGGCCGUGAUCUCUGGACCUGAGGCCAGAACGGGAGAGGCUAAUGCAGCCCUCCUGCCACAGAACACCUACUCCCAGGUAGCGCUCAGAGGCUUCCAGACCAGUGCAGUGAGCAGGGACAUUGACACUGCUGCCAAGUUCAUCGGUGCUGGAGCUGCCACAGUCGGAGUGGCUGGAUCAGGUGCUGGGAUCGGGACGGUGUUCGGUAGCCUCAUCAUUGGAUAUGCCAGGAACCCUUCUCUGAAGCAGCAGCUGUUCUCCUAUGCCAUCCUGGGGUUCGCCUUGUCUGAAGCCAUGGGGCUUUUCUGUCUGAUGGUUGCUUUCUUGAUCUUGUUCGCCAUGUAAAAACCUCAUCCAGAUGUGAAUAUACAUCUUACCUACAGAUGUAAUGGCAUUUUACAGUGGCUACCAAAAUUGUUGUGUUGGUGUCAUAAAACGUACAUUUUCCAGGUUGUUGAACACUGUCAAAAUAUAAGACAUGGACUGUAAAAAUGUAUCCAAUUACAGAAUUAAAAUACAUGUAUUUGACUAUUUAAAAACAUGGCAGUAAGUUUUGUAUUGUGGGAAUCCUGUUUUUCUUCCUACGGAACAGGUACAGUUGCAUGAUCAGCUUUCAAACGAAUGUCAAAGUAGCGAUCUCCAUCUGAAGACCGCUGUGUACUCAUUCUGUAAAUCCAAAUGGCAUUUAUUCCAUACAUUUUUCUAAUGCAUUGUCUGAAAGCUUAAUGUAGAUGAGCAGAAUGGUUUCUCCAGAGGUUUAACUGCAGGUCAGUUUGCAGUAUGUAUGUGGGCUGAAAUUGCAUUAAGACCGUUGAAUGCCAGAUCAUGCUUUUGUAAAUCGCAUUAAUAAAUUUAGACUUACGUCAUUUACUGGUGCUAAA